AUGGAUAGAGUUAAGGAUUUGGCAUCAAAGAAGGCUGCCGUUAUAUUUACCAAGAGUUCAUGUUGCAUGUGCCACAGCAUCAAGCAACUUUUUUAUGAGCUUGGAGCAAGUCCAGCUGUUCAUGAGCUUGACAAUGAUUCCUAUGGUAGGGAAAUGGAGUGGGCUUUAAGGGGUAUGGGUUGUAACCCUUCAGUCCCAGCAGUGUUCAUAGGCGGAAAAUUUGUGGGCUCAUCCAAAGAUGUGAUAUCUCUCCAUGUUGAUGGCACUCUCAAACAAAUGCUCAUGGAAGCAAAGGCCAUCUGGUUUUAG